GUGUCUGGUGAGCUAAUGAAUAACCUUCUUUACAAACUAGUCCAUAAAUCCAUAAUCCCUAGAUAUUCAGGAUUACCUUAAAAAAAAAUAAGAACACUCCAAAAAUGUUCACCUCUGAGUCCUCGCGAUUUAAAAAAGUGGGAGAUAAUUAGCCAUAUUUUUUAAACUAUUUGAAGAAAUAACAAGCUUAUUUAGAUUGAGGCUUUGUUUGACAGUUGAAGCACAGGUGCGUGUUGACGUCGUCUGCUCUGUAAGGAGGAUUGAGCCCAGGGCAAGAGAGCAAUGACCUCAGAUUAACUCGCUCUCUGGAUCUCAUUAACAUCUACAACAACAUCAUAUAGGUGUAGCCUAUAUUCAUGUAAAAAGCUUGGCAAAAUUGUACUAGAUUUUUUUUUUUUCUCAUCUCAUCUGCAAUAUGAUUUACUGCACUUAGAAAAAGGGGAGCUGUAACUGGGGUGGUAACCUUUACACUUUAGGAGAAGCGAUGGGGUGUGGUGUCACAAAAAACAAUGCAUUCAAUAAAAGAUAUGACAAAGUAGCCACAACAAUGAAAGCAGCGGUGGUGAUCCAGCGCUGGUACAGACAGUAUGUGGCCCGCAAGGAAUUAAGACGCAGAUACACCUGGAACAUCUUCCAGUCCAUGGAGUAUGCAGACCUACAAGACCAGAUCAAAUUAUACAAUUUUCUCGGUUACCUGAUGGAUAACUUCACUCCAUCCAGCAGUGAACGAAGUCUGAUCUCACAUAUCUUCAGAGAAAACGAGGUUUGCCGAGAUGCAGAGUGGGAGAGAUAUUUCAACUACACCAAUAUUGAUGUGCCCGACAUCUACUCUGGCCCACGGCUAACUUUUCCUUUGGAUAUGGAUCAGGCUGCUGAUCUUGUAGAGGCCUUCAAAAACAAACAACAGCUUCACUCUCGUUACGUUCUUCAGCUUCUUCUGGAAACGUGGAAGCUACUCAGAGGAUUGCCAAACAUCAACCGAGUCUCUACAUGCCAUAGCAAAGAAAUAACUGUUUGUGGUGAUUUACAUGGACAGUUAGAGGACUUGCUACUAAUAUUUUACAAGAAUGGAAUGCCGUCAAUGGAGAAACCCUACGUUUUCAAUGGAGACUAUGUGGACCGAGGCAAAGACUCCAUGGAGAUUCUGCUCAUAUUGUUUGCUUUCCUGCUUGUGUAUCCUGGAAAUGUUUAUCUUAAUCGAGGAAACCAUGAAGACCACCUCAUUAAUUUGAGGUAUGGCUUCACCAAAGAAGUGCUGGGAAAAUACAAGUUGCAUGGAAAGCGUAUCCUCAAGUUGCUCCAGAAGAUCUUCAGCUGGUUGCCCUUAGUGACAGUAAUCGACCACCGGGUGCUGAUAGUCCAUGGAGGAAUCUCAGAUACCACUGAACUCGCUCUGAUAGCUCGAGUGGACAGACACAGAUAUGUGUCUGCUAUGAAGCCCCCGAAGAAGAGGACUCCAUCCCGCAAAAGUUUAUAUGCAGAUUCAGACAAUUGUAAUGAGAUGAUCAUCUGUCAGAACAGAAGGGGCUCAAUGACCUUUCCCAAAACGUUUGCUGCUCGGGACAGUUUCCAGAGACGCUCCCUUCAAGACUUUUCAAAGACUGUGGCUCGGACGGUUGAGGAGGAGUUUGAGGUCCGUCGUAGGCAAGCAGAGUUUAGCAUGUCCAGGUUCAGCCAGUCUCACGGCGUUCUGAGCACUGCUCCGUCCUGUGAGUCUGAGCCAGACUCAUCUGAGCUCAUCGACACCAGCGAUGAUGAUUGGAAACAGAUUUUGGACCUACUGUGGAGUGACCCCAUGUCCCAGGACGGUUGCGUUCCCAACGAGGUCCGUGGAGGAGGUUGUUACUGGGGUCCUGAUGUCACCGAGGACUUUCUGAACAGACACAAUCUCCAGCUCAUCAUCCGCUCACACGAGUGCAAGCUGGAUGGUUACGAGUUUUGCCACAAUCGUAAGGUCCUGACCCUUUUUUCAGCCUCUAACUACUAUGAGAUUGGCAGUAACAGGGGAGCCUUUGUCAGACUGGGUCCAGAUCUCAUGCCUUACUUUGUUCAGUAUCAGGCCACCAGUAUGAUCCGAGGACUGAACUUUCCACAAAGUGUAAAACGCACAGAGCACACUGCUCUCAAAGUCCUACGAGAGCAACUGUUUGUGCACAAGUCAGAUCUUCUCAGUGCCUUUCAAGAGCUUGAUAAGGAGAACACAGGACUGAUCUGUUUGUCCGACUGGGCCAGUGCAAUCGAGCGAGUUCUUCACCUGGAUCUGCCCUGGAAAGUUCUUCAGCCUCAGCUAGUGUCCAGCACCACUGAUGGGAUGCUGGACUACCACGGCUGGUUCCGGGAUCUCGGCAUAAAAAAUCACAGCUCUGAGCACAUUGAGCAGAGUAUGCUGGAGACACUGUAUAAACAUCGCUCCACCCUGGAGACCAUUUUCAGAAUAGUGGACACAGAUAAUUCAGGUCUCAUCUCUUUUGAGGAUUUCCGUCAGACGUUGAAACUGCUCAGUGCCUAUCUGAAAAUGGAGAUCUCUGAUGAGGUCAUCAAUGAGCUCGUCAUCAGCACGGACACAAAUAAUGACGGUAGCAUUGAUAUUGAUGAAUUCAUGGAGGCUUUUCGGCUGGUGGACAAAGGCAGACUUGAGAGAGGUGAAAGUCUAUUAAAGUUCAAGCAGGAAUAUCAGCGACUUCCUCUGGAGGAAGAAACCUCACAAAUUGCAGACUCUACUGGCCCGCAGAUUUCACAAGGUCCACCUUCACAAACUUCAGGUUCACUUGGUACACACACUGAAGAUCUCGGUGACAUUUCUGUUGUUGUUCCACCACAAUAACUGUUUUCUGUUGAAAAAAAAAAUGAACUGUUGUAAACUGUAGUCUUCCUCUUGGUAUUUCACCUUCUGGAUGAACCUGUAUCUGCUUUUUUAGACUUUGAAUCUUCUUCUCUAAACCAAAUACACUGUAAAAAUGAAUAUGCUUCAUCUAAUCAAUAGAAUUAUGGCAACAGAUUACA